UAAUUCAAAGAGGAGGUGAAGAUUUUCUGGUAGGAGGAGGAGAAGGAAAAGUGAGAUAAGAACAGGACCAAAAAUAGUAGCCAGAGAGCCAGGAGAAGACAGCCAGGCAUAAUGGAUAGACACAGGAGAGCCAUGAGCGUUGGAAUCACAGUCAAGAUUAAGAGGAGUAGUGGUUUAGUCCAUGAUGCAUCAGUGACUGGGAUAGACUCUUUAAAAGGCCUCGUGUCUGUGGAGUGGUAUGAAAGUGGAGAAACUAAAGGAAAAGAGAUUGAUCUUGACUCGUUGAUUCAACUCAACCCUCAGUUUGCUAAUCUUAUGACUCCGCCCACUUCAGCUACUAAAGCAUCGAGAAGAACUAACAUUGCAGCAGGACCCCUGAGCGGUAUACCUCGCCCCCAAGGUUCUGUUCGAUUAAGAAAUGUUGAGAAUAUUAUUAGCACUAAAGGCAGUUCUAAAGCCUCUCCAUUAUCAGCUGCUCCUCCUCUCCCUCCUCCUCAAGAAGAACAAAUCACAUCCUCCCGUUCAGACACUAAGUUACCUCCGGCUGGUGGUCUUCCUCGAAGCAAAUCCUCCGGAUCUCUUGCCGUGAAACCCUCAGACGUACCUGAUGUUGUAAUAGGAGGAGGAGGAGGAGGGGGAGGGGCUUUUCAAGGAAGAGGAAGAACGCAUACUGUAGUAGAGGAACAGGUUGAAACAGGUGCUACAGGAAAAGGUCCUAGUCGUAAAUCUAACGUUGUCAAAGAAGUCGACAUCAUCAAAAAGAAGAGAGAGGAGAGGAGAGUUAAAAUCGCUGAAAAGAAACAAAAAAGAAGCGAAGAUUAUGAUCCAGAUAAUCCCAACUGGCAGUUUGCUGGUAUGGUCAGGCAGUACAGGAGUGAAUUGGAUAUUAUACCUAUAGCUAGUUACGAGCCGGUGAUUGAUGAUCGUAUUUGUGUGUGUGUGAGGAAAAGACCACUUUCUAAAAAAGAGCUGGCAAAGAAAGAGAUAGAUAUCAUUACAAUACCUGAUGGCUCUCUUACUCUCCUUCACGAGCCAAAGACUAAAGUUGACCUCACGAAAUACCUAGAACAUCAUAAAUUCAAUUUCGAUUAUUCGUUUGACGAAACUGCCGACAACGAAUUACUCUACCAUUAUUCGGCGAAAUCGCUAGUCAGUACAAUAUUCAAUCAAGGCAUGGCGACAUGUUUUGCAUACGGACAGACCGGCUCCGGAAAAACACAUACAAUGGGCGGAGAUUUUCGUGGAAGGGAACAGGAUGCAACUAAAGGGAUUUAUGCAUUGGCUGCUGCUGACGUCUUCAGAUUGAACAGGGUGACCCACGAGAGCAAGGACCUCGUCGUUAGCUCGAGCUUCUUUGAGAUAUACUGUGGGAAGGUCUACGACUUACUCAACAACAAGAAGAAACUGAGAAUACUGGAAGACGCAAAGUCUAAAGUCCAGAUCAUUGAUUUGGAAGAAGUGAAAGUCACUUCAGUUGCUGAUGUACUUCAGUUGAUUGAAACUGGUAAUUCUGUGAGAACUUCUGGGACCACUUCAGCUAAUCAGAACUCAUCUCGUUCGCAUGCUGUCUUCCAACUGGUACUUAGGAAAAGGACUACUAAUAAACUACAUGGCAAGCUAUCACUGAUUGAUCUGGCUGGCAAUGAGAGAGGGGCAGACACUAGCUCCUCUGACAGACAAACACGCUGGGAGGGAGCUGAAAUCAACAAGAGCCUUCUAGCAUUAAAAGAGUGUAUCAGAGCAUUAGGCAAAAAGAGUAUUCAUCUUCCAUUCAGAGGCAGCACUUUAACUAAAGUACUACGUGACUCAUUUGUGGGUCCCAGGGCUCGUACUUGCAUGAUAGCUACGGUAUCUCCUGGUUUCAGCUGUUCGGAGAACUCACUUAAUACCCUCCGAUAUGCCGAAAGAGUAAAAGAGUUACCUAAUAAGAGACAGAGGGGCAAUGAAGGAGGACAAGUAGAACAAGAAGUAUUCCCUAUUGUCAAUAGAGCUAAUAGUAAAGAGGAGGAGGAGGAGGAAUAUGAAUAUGAUGAAGAAGAAGAUGAUGAUAAUGUGAUGGGCGGGGCAGGAGGCAGAGACGACGGCUAUCUCGCUAGAUCAGACGAACUUAAAAGUUUUCACGAAACUCUCUCAAGACUCCAACAGAUCGAGGACCAGGUGAUUGAUGAACACAGAGAGAUCAUACAGGAGUAUCGUAACGCUAUAGACAUUGAAGAAGCUUUACUGAGUAGAGCAGAAGGAGUUGAAGGAGAUCCUGAUGUGUACAUCCAGUCACUGAUAAAGAUUGUUGAUGAAAAAAUGCAGAAACUUUCAACAUUUAGAGAUCAUCUUGAAGAUUAUAGUCAGCGACUAAGAGAGGAAGAGGCUGCCAGUCAGAGACUUAAACGAUUCUGAUUCACUAGCGUCACAUGACCUGGAGUCAUGUGACAUGAACAAUUAUAUGUAUCAUAAGACAUUCACUAUAAUAUACUGAAUCUUUAAAGGAGAGAGAGAGAGAGGUAGAUUUCUUCUUGUUGCUCGUGAUUGUACCUUGAUUAUUAUUAUUAUUAUUAAUAUUAUUAUUAUUAUUAUUUAUUUCUCAUCAUCAUUUUAAUGAAAAGAUUUCAAAAUUGAUUAGAUUUUUAGUUUA